UAGCUUUGUUUUCCUCGGUGACCACCUCCGAGACUCUGUGUCCGGCAAGAACAACAAAAGGCAGCGAGCGAAAGCAGCCAAGGCCCAAGGCAAGGCCAAAGGCAAGGCGCGGCUUUGCUCAGCUCAGCUCAAGCUGGGCGACGCCGACCGACGCGAGAGAGAGACUGAGAGACGCUUAUGAUUGCCUCGACCUCGGCCUCUUCCGCCUGUUCCCUGGCUCUCUCGGACCAGACCAGACCCCGCCUUUUUCCACUUCCCACCACCCUCCCCUUCAACUCUCCCUCCCUUGCUUCUUCUUCUUGAUUCCUCCCCGGUGGCUCGUACCGCUGCUCUUCCUUGGCGCCUUGCUGCUGUUCUUUUUGGGCUCCGGGCACUGCAUUGUCCGCUGGUUAUUUCUUCAGUAGUUCAGUUCUUGCCUCUUCUUCUUGGGGCGUGGGGCAUUGGCGGUGGCGGCUGGGUGUUCUUGGUUGGCUGUGGUGGCCAGAGAGGGGUAAGGAAUAAACGGCGGCGGCAAUGGAGGGGGAGGAGGGUUCGGGUGCUUCGUGUUCGGUGCCGGCGGCGGCGGAGCAGAAGCGGCGGGAGCAGCAGGUGCGGGUGGUGCGGUGCCCCAAGUGCGAGAAGUUCUUGCCGGAGCUCCCCAACUACUCCGUCUACGUCUGCGGCGGAUGCGGCGCCACCCUCCAAGCAACGAAAAACUCAGUGUCUGAGACUUCUUCAGAUAAAUCUGACGGUGUACAUGUGAAGUACCUUGAAGUGCUGGAGAGUUUACCAGGGAAGAAAGUACCAUUACCUGAAACUAGUUUUGGAACUAUCCCAGAAGGUAACUCGGAAAGUGUCGAAGCUGCUGCAGAAGAGCGAUUAGUACCCAAUAGAAUGGUGUCUGAGCACAGAGAUUCCAGAUAUAGCUCUGAUGAUAACCAAAUUCCAAGAGAGCCAAGCACCUCGAAGUUUGAAGCUGCACUUAGAGAUGACAGCAGGGAAAUUCGGGAGGCCAAGUACCGGCGUGUACGGACUGAGGAGAAAGGAGAAGUAAAGCAGCCAGUGAGGCUAAGAGACAGAUCUCCGAGGCCUGUAGUUGACAGCAUUCCUCCUAAUGCUUGUCCUGCUGAACGCCCGUCCGAAUGCCAUAUGAAGUCCAGAUUUAGAGAUACCAACGGUGGUGAGCAUGCAGAGAGGAAUUUGAAUGGUUCUCACAGUGUCAGUGGCCUCGAGAAAGAUCGUACUGAGCUUUUACGGAUGCUUGAUGAGUUAAGGGAUCAGGUGCAGAGAUCUUGUGAGAUCACUGAGAAGCCAAAUGGAAGUGCCUCCACAGAUAAAGCCGCGGAUGCAUCAAGUUCAUACAGUCCUCAUGAACGAUUGAGUCGGCUGCGUCAUGGCUCACCUCAGUUACAGCGCAACAGUUCUCAGCACUCACCAUCCUUGAAUGGGCAAACUCCUGGACCUGGUGUUCCAAAUGCUUAUGCUUCAGUACCCAGUCAGCAGGAUCUUCGUGGAUACAAGGAGCCUGUCACACACAUGAGGGCUCCGUGUUAUCCUGUUGGCCCAUAUCCAUGGAGGAACUUUGACAAUUAUUUCUUUGGACAGUAUAAUCCUGACCCUCUCGUCUCCUACCACCAUGACGGCUUCUACCAUCAGCCUGCUUGUUCUUGCCUUCAUUGUUACCACCGUGAGUUCUUACCUGUUCAGGCUGCUUCGAUGGGUUUCAACCAUCCCAGGGCACCAUAUCUGAUGAACAAUCAUGGGGCAUACCCGGUUGAAGGCCCAGUGAUGUUUGGCAUGCAGAAUGGGAAUUCAAGAGGAAGAGGUAUCAAUGCUUCAACACAGCGCGGUCACAUGAGGGCCACUAUGAGUAAGAAACCUGCACAAUCAUGUGAACCAAUUGCAUGCGGUGCCCCAUUUACCAUAUGCUAUAACUGUUAUGAAGUGCUGCAACUCCCCAAGAAAUCUCCCUUGCCGGAGAAGGAUGAGUACAAACUACGAUGUGGGUCAUGCUCACAUGCAAUUGUGGUGAAGCUUGAUGGUAGCAGACUUGAUGUUUCAGCACCUUCACCAAUUUCACACAUGUCCACUGGUAGUAAAAAUAACUCCAAUGAUGUCCAUGGAAGCAGUGCAAAUACUGCCACCGAUGACAGAUUGCUUCCGCUUUACAGUUUUUCUGCAGGGAGUCAUGGCUCUCAAGAAAGAGAUCUACACUCUAAUUCAACUGAUGCAGAAAAAAGGCAAGGUGUAUCGUCAUCAUCUAGCAUUUUUGAAGAUGAGAAUAGCCCUACAAGAUCUUAUUCACAGAGGGGCACCCCUGGGUCUAGGGAUGUACCUCUUCAAGCUGAAGUGGUUACCCGUGUUCCAAGUUUACCUCUUCGGGAUCAUUUCGGAUAUUCACCAUCAGAGAGGGUGGUUGAUGGAUCAGGAAAAGGAAGCAGGAGUACCCGGUCUGAACAUGAGAAGGCUGUAUUAACUGAAAGUUUCAAACACAACACUAUAAAAGAUGUACGUGUAGUGAGUGUGAUGGACUUGUCAGAUGAUGAGUAUGAGGAUCCUGAGUACAGCCAAGAUCCGGGUGAUGUGGCACAACAUGGAAAUCACCCUAGGGUCACAAAAACGGGUGAUUCAUUUUUCACCAAUCUCAUAAAGAAGAGUUUUAAAAUCAACAACGGAAUGGGAAAUGGCAGAGCGAAGGUCUUCAUUAAUGGUUAUCCCAUCUCCGACCGUGCUGUCAGGAAGGCUGAGAAGAUUGCUGGACCAAUCUAUCCUGGUGAAUACUGGUAUGAUUACCGAGCUGGUUUCUGGGGUGUAAUGGGACAGUCCUGCCUUGGCAUGAUACCGCCAUACAUUCCAGAACUUAACUAUCCUAUGCCCAAGAACUGCGCUGGUGGAAAUACAGGUGUAUUUAUCAAUGGUAGAGAACUUCAUCAGAAGGACUUUGAUUUACUCGUGGGUCGAGGGCUCUCAGAAUCUCCUGGUAGAUCAUAUAGAGUUGAGAUGUCUGGUAAAGUGUAUGAUGAAGUCUCGGGUGAAGAGCUUUAUUGUCUUGGCAAACUUGCACCAACUGUGGAGAAAAUGAAGCGUGGGUUCGGUAUGCGACCCCCAAGGGUCAUCCACUGAGAAAGAGGGCCCCGAAAUUGGCCUCGUAAUCUCAGUUCCUCGCUGCGCCAGAACUGGGCAUCAUCGUCUUGGAGAUCGUCAGCCGAGUCGGUAGGCUGCAUUUUGGAUUCCAUGAAGUCGUUUUAGAAGGUUUCUCUGAUUGUGCUCUAUAAUCCUAUAGAUAGCUAAAGCUGUGUGUUGUGUGUCAUGCUUUUGUUCUGCCUAUCUAGAUAUCUAAUCGACCUGGGUGUUGUAAUCUGUGAUGGCCUAGAACUGGAACUGAUGAUUGCCUGAAAAUAGUUGAAUGGGAAACUUUUGUGAUGGCUUGCUUUACCUGCUA